AUGUCCUUAUCAAAACGGUACUGUACUAACGAUGAUGAAGUAAAGGAAGGCCUUAUUGGCAUUUAUGAAUGCAGGGAGGGUGUGAAAACAGAUGCUCUGUUUGAAUACAUCAAGGAUAUCUUGAUAAGGUGUCAACUGGAUGCGAGCAGAUUAGUUGGAAUGACAUUUGAUGGUGCAAUGGCAAUGAAAUCUCUGGCGAAGAAAGUCAAAAGUGAAAUGAAUGAAUCAGCCAUUUUCAUUCGCUGCUUAGCACAUUGCGAAGAACUGAGAUGCCACCCGAAACAUUGCCCAGCCUUGGAGAAUGCUCAGUCACUAUGUGAAGACCUGUAUGUGGUUGUUGGUAUCUCUCCCAAACGUGUGGAUCUUUUGAUUGAAGAAUUGAAAGAGUUACAUGUCCAUAUCAAUUUGUACAACAUGGAAUUGAAGCUGGCAUGCUCAAUGCCUGUCAUUAAGAAAGUAACUUCUGUUUCGACUAUUCAAGACAUAUUGAAUGCGAAGGCUGUCUCAAAAGCAUCACUUCCGGAAACGCAUAAGCUGUUGCUGCUCCUGUAA